ACCGAUCAAACAAGAGGCUUCUGCUAGCUGCUUCCCCGCGAUAGGCUUCCAAAUGCCGCCCACUGUACCUAAGGAAACUACAAACUGGUGGUGCAAGCCCGAGACCGAAUAUGCCUUCCUGGGUUUUAGCUAUGAAGUCACUGCCUGUCAAAGUGCUUCACAGUUGAACAGGGAAUUCGCCGAUAUCCGGAAGACCUUCAAUGGUCGUUAUGUUCGCCUUUAUGGAGCUUGUGAUCGUAAAGGAUUCUAUGAUGAUGUAGUCAACGCUGCAUGGAACAAUGUGCUUGGUGUCCAUGCGUUGAUCUGGUUUGGGUUUGACGGCAAUGAUCUAUGGAAAGGUCGACGGGAUGCUCUGUUUGCGACACUGCACAACAACCCUAAAGCGAGAUUCGUAACGCGCGGGGUCCAAUUUGGCUCGGAGCCAUUGUUCGAUUCAGUAUUGGAGCCGAGUCAACUUACCCAACAAGUGGUCGCCGCAAAAGCAAAUCUUGCCAACCUACAUAUCCCUGUCACCGUCAGUGAAAUGGCGUAUGGUUAUCAGAAGAAUGGUGGUGCCCAAAAUGUUCUCGAUGCUGUUGACUUCAUCAACAUCCAUAUGCUUCCGUUCUUCUCUCAGCAAGCUUCAACAGGUGCGGCGUCAUGGCCGUUGGUGCAGAAAGACUUGCAAUGGUUCGUCAGCCGCGGAAAAGGUAAAAAGAUGUAUCUCGAUGAAAAUGGAUGGCCAUCCGUUACGUAUGAUGGUGUAAAACCCAAUAGCCCUAAGGCUGUCGCGGAUAUACCAAACGAACAGGCAUUCUAUGGGGUUCUUGACGAACAUUGCACAAACCUUAAGGCUGUUAUUGGCGGAGGCGUUGGUUGGUUUGCGCACAUCUACUCAGACAAUCAGGAACCAGGAUACGGGAUCUACAACUCUGCUGGCAAGUUGAAAUUCCCAUUCAAGCCCAAGAUACGCUGUUGAAAGACGAAUCAACUGAGAUUUCAAAGUGGCGCGCCCGGUGUGCUAUGUCCUAUUUUCUUCUUUUAAACAUCAUCCCACAAGGACAACGAGUAACGUGACAGAUGAUUACGGACCGAUUUACUUGGGCGACAUAUGCUCCUCUAUGCUUCUUGCUGAACUUUACAAGUCAUUGUCCCGGUGACUUGUUAUUC